AUGGAGGAAGAAGUGUUGAACUCAGCUGUGAAAUUGAAGAAGAAUUUGAAUGUGGACAGAGGAGAGCUACAGGAGGAAAAGCUGGGAAACAGUGGAGUCCCUGAUGAUGGGAGAGCUAUGUUUAGGGCCCUCAGAAUCCCUGCUUCUCAGAGGGGACGUGCCUUCAGGGUGACCGAAGAGGCCGAAGUCCCUGGCUGGCUAAGAGUUCUUUCUGCUCUCCCCACCCCACAGCCUCUUCCAGUUAUUCAUCACAUCACCCCUUCUGAACCACACAGCUCGGGUUUCGGGGCCAGCCGUGGUCAAGGCCCCGGGCCUCUCCUGUGCCGAGAACAACUGCUGCUGCUCAUGGCGCCGCCAGGGCUCCACCUGGCCCCCACCAGGCUGCUUGAUUCCUCCUGCUCCUUGAAGAAGAUUCUGCAGUGCAGCUGUUCCUUCUGGGGGACCCCCACGCCCUCCGUGCGGUGGCGGGUGGGGGGCGCUCCCGUGGUCAUGAACCGCACAGGCCUUCGGGUGACUUCUGCCACGCUCGGCCCCUGGGCCAACAGCACCAUCCAUCUGACCGAGCCGCCUGAAACAGGCAUGAGCCUGCUCUGUGAGGGCAGGAACCCAGAGGGAACCCACACCCUGACCAUCCUGCUCAAGUCAGGAAGGAGUUCUUUGGUUGCCCAGACUUUCAUGAAAGGGCUGGUUCGGGGCGUGUUCUACGGAGCCAUCGGAGUUACACUGCUCUUCCUCUGCCUCAUCCCACUCAUAGUGAAACAUAUCAGAAUGAAGCAGGCAAAGAAAAUUGCAGCAAUGAAGGCAGAAAAGAGCCACCAAGGACUCAAGAAGUCUCUAAGGCCCAAGGAACCAGGAAAAUCCAGAGUCACCCCAUCUCCUGAGCACUAG